GGGCACUGGUCACACUAGACUGCCCAAAAAUUUCGCAAUAGAGCGGCUCCGCAGCUGAACUGAUUUACCCAAUUGCAGUUAAAUGCACUAUGUUUGCACUGUGAUCGGCGAGCGAAGAACAGGAUAAUGAGUGUCAGCAUUGUGCAGUACUACGGCAGCCAGCAGAGCAAGUGCGGCUACUGCGCGGGAGCGAACUGCAGCCUCUCGCACGGUAUGCACGCCUACCGGCUGGACUGCCAGGACUACCAGGACCUCAUCGACCGCGGCUGGAGGCGGUGCGGCAACUACUGCUACAAGCAGCGCAACCAAGAGACCUGCUGCCCCUGCUACACGAUCAAGUGCGAUGGCCUGGAGUUUAAGCUGUCCAAGUCGAACAAGCGCAUUCUGCGCCGCAUGAAUCGAUUUUUGCGCGAUGGCAAGCGGGAGUCCAAGCCCGAGGCAGGCGAGGGAGACGGGGAAGGCGAUGCCGAUGACGCCACAGUUGCGAUCGAGGUCACUGCCAGCGAGCCGCAGCCCCAGCUGCCCGAUAAGAGCCCGGCUGUUAUCAAUGUGGAACACGUUGCGUCACUGGCACGAGCUCAAAAGAAGCCGCCCAAACAGGCGGCGGCUCCAGCAGCCGAAGCUCCAACGCUGGGAUCCAACAAAUCUGCAGCACCGAUCUCAAACAAGCCGUGCAAGAAGGCCAAGCAAAUGCGAUUGGAGCGCCGGCAAGCCAAGCUGGGGGACUCUGCAUCGACUUCAACGAAAACCCUUUCCCAGGAAAAAAGCCUUCGGGACUUCUUAUUAAUCAACAACGAGACCAACAAACACAAGCUAAAGAUCGUUUUGGUCGCAUCCUCAGACACAGAGCGCACUUGUGCCGAUGCAGUGAUUGAGUUGUAUCGCAAAUAUCAAAUAACCAUUCACAAUGAUAACCCCGCACGCCUCACCCUAGCUAGUAUGCAGCGGUUCUUGGUCAAAUCACCCCUUAAGAAUGAGAAGCCCAGCGAUGGACCCGAGAUCGGCUAUGGAUCUUUUCACCAGCAGUAUUGGCUGGACGACAAGUUGAUUGCGGUAGGCGUGAUUGACAUUCUGCCCGCGUGUGUGAGCUCAGUUUACUUUUUUUACGAUCCGGACUACAGCUUUCUAUCGCUGGGCACAUACGGCUCACUACGGGAAAUUGACUUUGUGCAGUCGCUCGCCGAGAGUGUGCCCUCCUUGAACUAUUACUACAUGGGUUUCUACAUACACUCCUGCCCGAAGAUGCGCUACAAGGGCAAGUUGUCCGCCUCGUACUUGCUGUGCCCAGAGACUUACGAAUGGCUGCCGCUAACCGAUGCCAUUCGUGCUAAGCUGGACGAAAACAAAUACCAACGCUUAAACCCAGACGCUUCUGCGAGGGAUGUGAACGAGUUCUUAAUAGAGCAUUUAGACGAAGUUAUGCUGCUGCUGGAUGCCCAAACCUGCGCCGAUUACAAGCAUUACAAGCAGCUUCGCGGCACUGACAACGAGGUCGAUACGAUUAUUGAGUACAGUAAGUUGGUUGGCAAAGUCUGCGCCCACCGUAUGCUGUAUGUGAAUAUGUUGUGAAUUUCAUUUGCUCAGUCUGUGCGAUUGUAAUCUUAGUCAAGUAGAGUUUACAAUGGAAAUUUUUUGAUUGUUAAUCUCCAUUGGCACAAAUGAUGUACUAAAAUAACUGCUUCAUAAAAAAAAAUUUUGAAAUUAAAAACGUUUUAGCUCCUAA